AUGGCUUACGAUUUCCGCAAGAAUGGACCUCCGUAUGAUCCCUACAGAGCCACGCCUAGCGGCGGCCAUCCUGCCCAAUCUUUCUAUCCGCGAAUUGGUCAGCAUCCCGGCCCGCCUAUUGGCCGGGCACCUCCCGUUCCUGCUCCCGUCCCGCCAGAAUUGUCACCACAAAUGGCUGAAAUCCCAAGGAGCACGUUUCAGUUUGAUUUUGACUUGGAGAGAAAAAUAUUAGCAGAGGCAGAGAAAGAUGGCCAGAACUGGAGCAGUAUGGUCGUGGAAAAUGAACCAACAUCCAGGACUCCAGAGACUAGUUCUCUAAGUUUCUCCAUUCCCCAAGAUCCAUUGGUGAGCAAAUAUGUUGCUUUAGGACUGAGCCCAGAAGCUGUUACCUUGGCUGUGAAAAAUUAUGGUGACAAUCCAACCAAGGUUCGCGAAUUUGUCAUGUCAUAUAAUCGCCUACGGGAAAUGGGGUUCGCAGCAAAUACGGUUGCUGAAGUUCUGGCAAAGUAUGAUAAUGAUAUGGAGAAAGCUGUUGCACAUUUCUUAACAGCUUGA